UGGUUUUUCAGAUAACUUGUUUGUGUUGUCACAAUACAAUGGUGACUGUGCGACUGGCCAAGCCAGCAGACUUGCUCAACAUGCAGCACUGCAACCUUCUCUGUCUACCUGAGAACUACCAGAUGAAGUACUACUUCUACCACGGACUCUCCUGGCCCCAGAUGUCCUUUGUGGCUGAGGACGAGCACAGUGGCAAGAUAGUGGGAUAUGUGCUGGCUAAAAUGGAGGAGGACCCGGAUGACUUGCCCCAUGGACACAUCACUAGUCUGGCUGUGAAGAGAUCGCACCGUAGAGCGGGUCUUGCCCGUAAGCUGAUGGACCAGUCGGCACGCGCCAUGGUGGAGAGCUUCAGUGCCAGAUAUGUGUCUCUGCACGUGCGAGUGUCCAACAGAGCUGCCCUCUCACUCUACAGAGACAAUCUGGGCUUCCAGAUCAGCGAGGUUGAGAGUAGAUACUACGGGGACGGAGAAGACGCCUAUGCUAUGAGACGAGACCUGACCACUCUACUGGCCUCAUGCGAGGAGACAGAAAAGAAACUGGAACAGGAGUUUGCCAAACUCACUUUGGGAAAGGAGGAUGCAGCUAUUGUAGAUAAUAAAUCGGAAAGCUACAAACCAGAGGUGCAGAAAAGCGAAGACGCAGUAGAAAACACAGCAGAUAAACCAGAAGACAUUUCUAGUCCAGUUAACCUAACUUCGAAAGACAGAACUGAAAAUGAUGACAUUGAGGGAUCAAAAUCCGAUGAGAACUCAAAAAUUAUUUGUGAACAAAAUUUGGAUAGUCAUGUGAACAAAGUUGAUGAUAUAGACUGAGAUUGAAUUUAAGGUGCGAAUCUUUUCA